CAAGUUGCUGGUGAGCGCUGCUGGGCUGCUGGUGGGCCGGCGGCGCAGGGCCUACUUCCUGAGCCAGGGUCUGCUGGGGCUUGGUGGCCGCGGCCUUUGCCGCCGCGUGUGGACGACCUGUCCGCCGUGUGCCUGCGGGAGAGACGUGGAGCGAGCUCUGCAGGGGCUUGCUUAUCCGAUACCCGCAUUUUGCCAGAGUUACCGAGGUUGACGCCUCAGACGGGAAUUAACCUGAUUGCACAUACUGAUGGCUGUAAAGAAGGCAUCACUCUCACUGGAUUCCAGUGAGAGUGACUCUGAGGAGCUGCCAACAUUUGCCUUUCUGAAGAAUAAACCAUCUUCAGUAAAGAGGAGGCAGCCUCAGGAGGACGAGAAGAUUGUAGUGGUUGACAUCUCAGAUUCUGAGGCCUCCUGUCCGUCACCAAAAUUGAAAGAUCCACCACUCGUUCCAGAGGCCGCUGAAACUGUCAUACAAACAGAGCCAGUCAGUGUGCUAAGCAGUGGAAGUGAGAAUGAGGAGGAAUUUAUGCCCCUGGCUGAGAGGCUUAUUUGUAAGUUUUUGACUCACAAACAGCUGAGCCCUGAAAAAUCCAGCUCCCCAUUUGAAAGGGUUUUGGAUCAUCAAAAUAAGGAAAGAGUAUCACAUGACUGGCAAAAACAGCCAUUUACAAAGAUCCGUGAUAUUCGCCUCUGUGGUACCUCAGAGAGGCAUGCAUCAAGUAACAAGGACCCUGUGGUAGACAAUCCAUGCCAUCAGCUGCCAGCCUACCAAACUACCUGCACCGUCCAGAGCAACAGCUUGACAAUAACCAAAACAAAUGCUGAGGUGCCCCUGCCUCAGAAGAGAUGCAAGUAUAGUCAGAAGGUCCAGAAGAGCAGCGCACAGGGAUGCCAGCAGUGGGGACGAGCAAGCCAGAAGGAGAGCACCCAGAGGCAACAGGAAAGGAAGAAGAAGACAGCCCUGGUUAACAGGCUGAAAGCUCAGAGGCCAGAGGAGUGCUUAAAGCACAUCGUUGUGCUGCUGGAUCCAGCGCUCUUACAGAUGGGAGGUGGGGGUCAGCUCCUUGGAGCCCUGCAGUCCAUGGAUUGUUGCUGUGUGAUAGAGGCGCAGGCUGUGCCUUGCAGCCUCACAUGGAGGAGAAGGGCUGGGCCCUCUGAGGAUGGCGAGGAGGGCUGGGUGGAAGAGCCCAUGGUUCUGGUGCUGCUCCUGGCAGAGGUGUUUAUGUCCAUGAUCUACCACUUCAAGCAGGGAAGUCUGGGCAGCACUGAGGAAGGGAAGGAAACACUUCGGAGCUUUGUGACUGACAUCACAGCGAGGACAGCUGGGAAAGAUCUGUCCCUGGUGAUUGUGGAUCCAGAGAAGCACUUCAGUGCUCCAAAUCCUCUAAGAAGGAAACAGAGAGUGGCAAAUAGAGAACAGGCCAAGGAGAAGAAGAAGCAGCAGAAACAACCAGAGGCCAGCACAGUGGCCAUGGCGACCAGGGUAGAUAUGGAAGAGGCGCUGGUGGAUCUGCAGCUGCACACAGAAGCCCAGGCUCAAAUCGUGCAGAGCUGGAAAGAGCUGGCCGACUUGGCAUGCGCGUUCACAAAGGCCGUGGCUGAAGCGCCCUUCAAGAAACUCCGAGAUCAAACUAGUUUCUCCUUCUGCCUGGAGAGUGACUGGGCUGGAGGGGCCAAGGUGGACCGCUCUGGCAGGGGGCUUGCACUGGUCUGGAGGAGACAGAUUCAGCAGCUGAACCGGGUCAGCCUGGAGAUGGCCAGUGCCAUUGUGGACGCCUAUCCCUCCCCACAGAUCCUGAUCCAGGCUUAUAAGCGGUGUUUUUCUGAGCAAGAACGCCAGAAUUUGCUCGCAGACUUAAAGGUGCGCCGUGGGGAAGGCGUGACAGCCACCUCGCGCCGUGUUGGACCAGAGCUGUCCAGGCGUAUCUACCUUCAGAUGACAGCUUUGCAGCCAGAUCUCUCCUUAGACAGUGCAGACUGAAGCCAGCCCUCAGGAUAAGGAUGGAAAGCUGGUUUCCACCACUGCAGCAUGACUGCAGUGUAGGAAUGAGGAGCACCUCCUGCAGCACAAGCCUGGGUCCUGCCCACAGCAGGCUUUCCUUGGUGUUGCUAUUUGUGAUAGUGUCUCUACCUGCCCACCUGGGGUGGAGGCCGAGAUGCCUUCCUCUCCUAGCAAGUCAACUGCCAUGUAUGAACUGCCCCUGCCCUUGCCCCAGGCAGCCCUCAAAAAUACAAAGGAACAAAGACAGACCACUCAGACAUGUAUUUAAUAAUCGUAGAAAUCCAAAAGUACCCCAGCAUCAAAUCUCCAGGCCGCAAGUGAACUGCCCUCAGCUGGUGGCCUGACGAGGCUGGAUGUGCUCUUGCCUUCCCCCGACCCACCGGAGCUCCCUCACCCAGCCAAGGAACGGGGAUCCAGUCACUGUGCCAACUUCUGUAUUCUCUUAAUCUCAUCUUAUGUCCUGUGUUUAAUUUUAAUAAAGCAUUUGUACCAUUG